AAGCUUCUUAAACUCCCAACAAACACAAACACAACCACCGAACACCAAACACCACCAUGGACCUCCUCUUCCUAGAGAAGCUCCUCCUCUCCCUCUUCUUCUCCUUCCUCCUCGCCAUCCUCGUCUCGAGGCUCCGCGGCAAGCGCUUCAAGCUCCCCCCGGGCCCACUCACUGUCCCUAUAUUCGGCAAUUGGCUGCAAGUAGGCGAUGAUCUCAACCACCGCAACCUCUCGGACCUAGCACGCAAGUUUGGUGACAUCUUCCUCCUCCGCAUGGGGCAGCGCAACCUCGUCGUCGUCUCGUCCCCCGACCUCGCCAAGCAAGUCCUCCACACGCAGGGCGUCGAGUUCGGCUCCCGCACGAGGAACGUCGUCUUCGACAUCUUCACGGGCAAAGGGCAGGACAUGGUGUUCACCGUCUACGGCGAGCACUGGCGCAAGAUGCGGCGGAUCAUGACCGUCCCUUUCUUCACCAACAAGGUCGUCCAGCAGUACCGCCUCGGGUGGGAGGACGAGGCCGCCAGGGUCGUCGAGGAUGUUAGGAACAUGCCCGAAGCCUCCACUUCCGGAAUUGUGCUGAGGAAGAGGCUGCAGCUCAUGAUGUACAACAACAUGUACCGGAUCAUGUUCGACCGGCGGUUCGAGAGCGAGGAGGACCCGCUUUUCGUCCGCCUGAGGGCGCUCAAUGGCGAGAGGAGCCGCCUCGCGCAGAGCUUUGAGUACAACUACGGCGAUUUCAUUCCGAUUCUGAGGCCAUUCUUGAGGGGAUACUUGAAGAUUUGCAAGGAAGUUAAGGAGAGAAGGUUGCAGCUCUUUAGGGACUAUUUUCUUGAGGAGAGAAAGAAGCUGGCGAGUACGACAAGGAGUGAUAACAAUGCGUUGAAGUGUGCUAUUGAUCACAUACUUGAUGCUCAGCACAAGGGAGAGAUUAACGAGGACAAUGUUCUUUACAUAGUCGAGAACAUCAACGUUGCUGCAAUUGAGACGACACUAUGGUCGAUCGAGUGGGGAAUUGCUGAGCUAGUGAACCAUCCAGAGAUCCAACAAAAGCUUCGACACGAGCUCGACACGGUGCUCGGUCCUGGCGAGCAGAUCACCGAGCCAGACACAUACAAGCUGCCCUACCUGCAGGCAGUGAUCAAGGAAACUCUGCGGCUGCGGAUGGCUAUCCCUCUGCUGGUGCCCCACAUGAACCUCCACGACGCCAAGCUCGGGGGCUACGACAUCCCCGCCGAGAGCAAGAUCCUCGUCAACGCGUGGUGGCUGGCCAACAACCCGGCGCAGUGGAAGAACCCGGAGGAAUUCAGGCCGGAGAGGUUCUUGGAAGAGGAAGCUAAGGUUGAGGCCAAUGGGAAUGACUUUAAGUACCUUCCUUUUGGUGUUGGAAGGAGGAGUUGUCCCGGGAUCAUAUUGGCUUUGCCCAUUUUGGGAAUCACUUUGGGGCGUUUGGUCCAGAAUUUUGAGCUCUUGCCUCCUCCUGGACAAGACAAGCUUGAUACCUCGGAGAAAGGUGGGCAGUUCAGCUUGCACAUUUUGAAGCACUCCACUAUUGUUGCCAAGCCCAGAGUGUGCUGAUCACAUUCUGUCAUGUUUUGAUCUUGGGAAACGGAUUUUGGAUAUGUAUAAGGUGCAAAUUGCUUAAUUAAUUUUAGUUUCAAACUCUGAAUAACACUAGCGAAGUCCAUUGUAAUCUAGCAUCUUCGUCAGUAUAGAAAAUUUGCCUGGGAGGGGGAAAAUCAGUAUAAAGUUUAAUAAUCUGCCUGACCCGGCAAAAACUUAGUAGUGACCUUUCUCAA